AUGCCACCACGUGGUGGUGGACCAUGGCCAAGCACAGUUCGCCGUCAUCUUCGGCGAACGCUUCAUCAGGGCCAUGGCGGCGUAAUGUUCAGCCGCCCGCCCGCACACGAAAUUCCCGGACACUCCCGCCGGGUAAGGCGUUUUAAGGUUGCCAAUGGUCGCCCGGCUUUGCCUGCCGUACAUGAACUUCAAAAACGGGCUGUCAGUGCCGGCCGGAAGGUCGCUACUACAGCACCGCACGUAAUGCCGGCAAAGCCGCGCUUGCCGUGGUGCAGGACGAUUGAGCAAACAUAUUCUCGGAGGAAUUGUACACGGCGCGGGCGGAAGCUGUGUUCGCCCCCUCCGAUGGCCUCGAUCCGGAACAUCUCGAACGUUCGAUGCGCUUCGCGCAAUAAACCAGCCGACCAGCAUCAGCGUGCGUGGACUGUAGGACAUACCGAGCCGCAGGAUCUGGCACUCGGUCCGCCGCCCGUUUGCGUCGCGAUAGGCGAUCCGGACGCUAAACUCCUCCCGCAAGCUGUGCGGAGCAGAUCGAGAUCGAGAUCGACGGCGACCCGCGAGCGAAGCGGAUGCGUCCCCAAGGGCGACGCAUUCGCACGGCGAAGCGACAGAUAUUCGCGUCUAUUGAAUUUAUGA